AUGUCGCCCAUCGCCAUCGAUACAGCGCCUUUCCAGAGGGCCAGGGUCAACUUGCUGCAUCCCGAGGACCCGAAAGCAGUCAAAAGUAUUGUCCAGCUUCUUCAGUUCAACGCCGAGCACAAUCCAGACCAUGUGUUUUGUCUCCAGCUUCCUUCGAAACAAGACGACGCCAUCGGCAAUCCAAUAAGGAUCACGCAUCUGCAAUUCUAUCGCGCUGUCUCCUACUGCACCCAGCGGCUGCAGGAAGAAAUAGACGGUCUUCACGGUCCAAGAGUCAACGAGGACGGAACAGUGACCAAAUGCAGCCCCGUGGUACUUUUCAUGGAAAGCAACGUCGGACUCCUGAUUCACCUCUUGGCCUUGAUGAGUCUAGGCGUGCCCGUGGCCGUCCUCUCUGCUCGCCUCAGUCCAACGGCUGUCCAACACCUCAUGUCGAGUAUCAGGGCACAAUCGGUUAUUGCAUCGCCCCGGCUGAAAGGUACAAUUGAGGAGGCAAUCGCAUCUGAUAACAACACCCCGGCAAUUGGAGUGAGGAUGUAUACACAACGACCGUUCGAAGACGAUCUCGAGAAUAGUCGAACACUGGACCUUCCUGCUACGAACGAGGAAAGCCAUUUCAUCAGCGAGAAUGAUCGAAAUGUAUUGAUCCUCCACUCUUCGGGAACAACCGGACUCCCCAAACCGAUAUAUCAACCGCAUAGAUAUCUCCUCAACUACUCCGAGUGCCAUGAGCUGGGGCCAGACGACGCGCUCGGAACUGUACUCUCUGCUCUACCGUUAUUUCACGGAUUCGGGUUGGUCGCACCAUGUCUCGCCAUGACAGUUGGGAAGCCCUUUAUGCUGCCUCCCUCCAACACCAUACCCACCGGCUCGUUGAUCAUCGAAUUGAUCCAGUCUUUUCAGCCCACGGCGCUGAUGACGGUUCCCCACAUUCUCGAGGAAAUCACCACACUACCCCCCGAGCAAAGUAUCAGUGCUUUGCAGCCCUUGGAAUUUGUUCUUUGUGGUGGAGGGCCACUCAAGAUUUCUGUCGCCGAGGCAUUGGCCGCCAGCGGUGUCAAUCUACUCGCUCAUUUUGGCACGACCGAGACCGGCCCUCUAGGCGUCGUUUUUGUUCCGACCCCAGACUACGACUGGCACUACUGGAAGCUUCGUCAAGACAUCAACUACCGGCUCGAUGAGGUGGACGCCAACUCCGCCGAUGGAAAUCAGUACAAACUCACUGUUCAUCCAUUUGGCUGGGACUCAGCUUUCGAGAUCCAGGACAUCCUCCUCAGUCGCGGUGCAGAGUAUAAGCAUCAUCUUCGCGCCGUGGGACGCAAAGAUGAUUUGAUUGUGCUCGCGAACGGAGAGAAGCUUGUUCCGCGGGUUCUGGAGACUCUCCUUAUGCAAGACGAGCGGGUCAAGUCCGCCGUAGCAUUCGGAGAAGGCAAGUUCGAAAUUGGUGUAAUCGUCGAACCUACACACAAAGUUAGCGAUGAGGAGGAUUUUAAAGCAGCUUUGUGGGCCAUCGUCUUGGAAGCUGGAGCGCAGAUGGAUUCUCAUGCGCAGGUAUCCAGCCCGUCCAGCAUUAUACUUGCGACACCCGAAAAGCCUGUUCCCAGGUCCGAUAAGGGCUCGAUUCUCAGGAGAGAGACAUACCGUGUCUAUGACGAGGAGAUAUCAAGGGUCUACGAAGUACUAGACAGAGCUUCUGAAGAGACGACCGCAUUGAAUCUCCAGUCUGAUAGCCUUGAGGAGGACUUGAAGGAUCUCAUCCAGCGCGAGAUAGGCUGGAAGAUUUCCCCUUCAGAAUGGCUUCAAGAUAGCGACCUGUUUGAACUCGGUAUGAAUUCUCUGCAGGCAAUCCGCCUGCAUCGACUUCUACUUUCUUCCUUACCUGUGGAUUCGAGAGAGCGGGUUGGGGCCGAUUUCGUCUAUAGAAGUCCAUCUGUGUCCAAGCUUGGGGCGUCUCUACGGCAUCUGGCUGCAAACGAGAACGGACAUAGGAAUGACCCCGAGACUGAGAUUGAUGAGCUGAUUUGUCUAAACUCCUUUAUUGCCCGACAGGAUGCCACAGUUCUCUUGACUGGUAGCACAGGCAAUCUCGGGUCGAAUCUGUUGGCUCAUCUCACCACCUUACCCAGAGUCAAGAAGGUUAUCUGCCUCAAUCGACGAGGCUCUGACACCUCGACGGCGCAUACCGACCUCGUUGAACGACAACUAGCCAUCGCCAAAAGCAAAGGAGUUGUGAUUGACCCGGAAUCAGCUUCGAAAAUUGAAGUCAUCCCAUGCGAUCCCAGCGCCGACUUCUUCGGGCUUCCUGCCGAGGUAUACACGCACCUAACAGCACAAACAACACACAUUCUUCACAAUGCGUGGCCAAUGGAUUUUAAACGCAACGUGGCCUCCUUCCAAUCUCAAUUUCAAUACCUUAACAAUCUCCUCCGUGUCGCCCAUGACACCCGUCUCUGUCGACCGUCCAUCAAGCCACGAUUCUUGUUUGUCUCUUCGAUCGCGGUUGUGGGACAGUAUCCACGUACCCAUGGGACCCGGCUCAUUCCUGAAGUCCCCUCUGAUAAAUCCAGCAUCAUUGAAGACUUUGGAUACGGGAAGGCCAAGUAUGUAUGCGAAGAGAUUAUGCGCGCCGCAGCAGACAGGUAUCCGGAGAUGCAGUUGGGAAUUGUACGCGUGGGACAGAUGUCGGGAUCGUCCAGGACGGGUUACUGGAACCCCAAGGAACAUUUUCCAACCCUGAUCAAGUUUGCAAGCAUGGUUGGUCAACUGCCAGCUAUUAAACAGACUCUCUCCUGGAUCGCUGUUGACAAUGCGGCUACUGUGCUGAGCGAUAUUCUGUUUGCGCCAUCGCUAAGCGGCAUAUAUCACCUGGAAAACCCAAUCCGCCAGGCAUGGCAGGAUGUCCUUGAUAUAUUUGCUUCCUCCCUUUAUAUAAACACGGUGAACGUGCCAUUUGACCAGUGGCUGCGCAAUGUACAGGCGGCAGUGCAGGAGCUAGGAACCGAGGAUGAGCGGAUGGAAUACGACUUGUUGGCCGAGUUCCUCGAGAAGGACUUCCAGCGGAUGGCGACUGGUAAAGUCAUCCUGGAUACGAGUAGAUCGAGAGCCGUAUCCGAAACCCUGAGGGAAGUGGGUGAGAUAUCGGAAGAGGUGGUGUGGAAGUACGUGAGAGAAUGGAGGAGAGCCGGAACACUGAGGGCACCACUAGAAUGA